AUGGCGACUCCUCAAUACGACGACGAAGCGCAAGUGCUGCUUUUCGACUGCGGGCACGACCCGUCCACCGCCUUCACGGAUCGACGUCUGUUUCUCACCAAGGAUAAUCCCACUGUCGCCAUCGGACGCACCAGCAAGAGAGAUGCAACCCUCGAACAAGCACAGAGCAACGCCUGGAUCGAUUCGGCGGUCAUGUCCCGCCACCAUGCGAAGCUUGAGCUUGAUGUUGCAAACAAGCAAGUGCUCAUCACUGACGUCGGAUCUCUUCACGGGACUUACCUCAACGGGGUCCUCCUUACCCCAAAUAUGCCCCAGCCUCUGGCUCAAGACGAUAUGCUGAGGUUUGGAAUCGCUGUCGUGAGAAGCACACAGUCAUUUCCACCGUGCACCAUGCGGGUUCUCUUCAAGUUCGGAACUGAACAACGACCCGAGGGAAGGCCUGCUGUCUUCCGCGUUCCAGACGACAGCGACUACGAGGACGACACCAGCGAUGAUGAUGACGACGAUCCGAGCAUUUUAAACACCGCGGCGAUCAUGCUUUCGCGUGGAUUCCGCCCUUCGGUGACCGUCAAGACUUUUAGAAGUGAGCGAGGCGAGGUUAUCGACUUGACCGAGGCGAAUCCGGGUGAUUUGGAGGAUGAUGAGUACGUGCCCGAGCACGGACCCCCAUCAACGGUGCCCGGCGCCACUAGCGCCACAACGGCUGCUCACAACGAGCUGAUUCAUGAAGCCGACGUCCCCGGAUCUGACCCGCAUAGCCCCUGGCAAGACCGCGAAGAUUCACCACUGCCGGAGCCCCACCAGACAGAUGUCGAUGCAUUGGACGAACUUCAUGACAGCGCAUCUAUGUCAGAGUCUGCAGAUGAGGAUGAUCUGGAUCUCGACACUCCGAGUGAAGUGGACCUCAGCCAUGACCUCCAUUCGUCGGAACUAGAAGAUAGUUCUGCCAGCCAUGACUCCCCCGAAUGUGGCUGCGACGACAUGGCGCCUGGCAAGCCCGAGCCUCCCAUCGCAGAACGCGGUCCGCUCGAGUUUGGUGCCAAGGGCUUCAGCUCGCAAGACCUCGAGGCAGCGCAGAGCCUCGAAGAGGACGAUUACAUGCCCGCUACAGCGUAUAGCACCAUCGGUUUGAGCUCGCAGGAGUGCCUCAGCUCGCAGGACCUCGAAGCAGCGCAGAACCUCGAGGAAGAGGACUACAUGCCAGCUACUGAGUCAGACGCCAACGGCUUGAGCUCGCUCGGUCUUCCAGCAGCGCAGGACCUUAAAGUGGUCGACUACAUGCCAGCUACACUGCCAUUGUCCGACAUGUCCCUACCUCCUCUCGGAAUGAGCCUGCCCGUUCCAGAUCACAUCCAUCUGCCACCUAUCGCUUGCAACGUCCGAGAGACCACUAUGCACGCCAUGGACCGAUCGACCCAGGCAUUCGACUCUGGGUUGGCCAAAUUCAUCACCCCGCCGCAGUCUGGCCGCGUGAGGAGACUUCAUCCGCUGUCGCUUCAUCAACCUGUCCCUCGGCCAGGUCAGACGUGGAACUCCGAAGACGUCGAGCCCUCUCAUGGCUUAGGACAGAGUCCCCUCACCCCUGCGUUUGCAGCUGCUGCCGGAAACUCGUGCGACGGGGGUCCCACUAGCGGCUUGUUGGCUUCAGGUGCCAAGUUCCUCACGACUCCUCCUACUGGCGAUGAGCCGAAGCAUACUAUCCCCUCUCCAGUAGAUGACACCUCGGCCUACGCGUUUGAGCAGAGCAAGAAAGCGGCCGCGGUCGAUGAAGCAAGCUCUCGGCGCACUCACGUUGCGAUCAACGACCUCCUCGAAGCGGAUGGAGAGCGCUCCAAGAACGUUCCGAAGGAUCAGCCAGCUCGCAAGCGAAAGCUGGCCGACUUGUCCUCUACGACGCCAGAAGAGGAGCAUUCAGCAGUUACUGCUGUGCAGCAACCCGGCAAGCCCGAUGCAGAACGCCCUGCCAAGCGUCUCCGGAAGGCAGCCGAAGUUUUCGGAUACGUUGCCCUGGGCGGCGUUGCAGUUAUGUCGGCCCUGAUUGCCACGGCACCCAACCUGUAG